UGUGAAAUUUCGAAAUUCAGGAUGUUGAAGCAUUUCACCAGAAAUCGUGCAUGUUCCGCUAAAAUAGAAAUGUCAGAAGAGAACGACUGUCCAUACUUUAGCGGUACGGACAAUUUGAUACGAUUUCAGUCAAGAUACCUCUGUACAAUAACUUCAUGCUAUUGAGGUGACUGCAGCAUCAGAACUUUCAUCAGAAAGACAAAAGAGCGCCGAGUCUUCCCGCCAACACCAGUGUCAGUCUCGGAUAGAAUAAGAGAGAGAGAGAAAUUGGAACAAACAUGAUCAUGGUGAAACCGCGACGGCGACUAGAAAGAGUUUUCAUUCAUGUUCCAGCAUUGCUAUCGCUCUUAUCCUUCUCAUUACCGUUGGUAUGCGGGUUUGCACUGACAACGAUGACAAUGACGACGAAAGGAAUGAAUAAUCUUUCUUCCGUUGAGGACUUCCUUCUUCGUUCUCGACUUGAAGGGAUAAAGAAAGGUAUCAAGAAGGACUACGCAAACUCCCCGGGAGUAAAACUUCUCUCGGGGGAGGUCGAUGAGAAGUCAACAAUGCCGACAUUUAUUUUUCCAGGUGCUGGUGGGCUAGAUGAAUUGGUUUUGGAACUCCAAGCAACCAUUCCAAACUCGGAAGUAAUCGACUGGAAGGAAUACCGAGGGACGCUCCUAACCGCAGGUUACGAUAGCGAGGCGGUGGGCGAGGCUAUCGCCGAACUAGUUCUAGAACAAAUUGGUGGCGAUGGCGAAGAAAUCAAUAACGGUGGCUACGAGAACGAGGAACUGGAAUCUCCAUCGAUUUCCUCGGAUUCAUGUUCUGGCGUUCGAUUCGUUGGAAUAUCAGUUGGUGGUUUUGCUGCGAAUGCAGCUGCAACUAUUGUUCAUCGACAAAUAACUGAAAGAUCCCAGCCAAAGAAUGUGGAGAAAAAUAAAGAAAACGACAUUUUGAACGUCCAUUUGGUUUUGCUUGACCCAUUCUGUGGCCGUGGCGUCUUCGGACAGAACUACGGGAGAAACAAUUUUGGAAAGUACGCCACAUCGGCUAUUCAAAUCCUUAACACAGACGAUCCGGUCCCAACGACAAACGACCCCUUAUCCAAUUGCUACUGCCUCGAUGUGACGGAGGCUCCUGAGAAACAAGAUUUUGUAGUGCUUCCGGGAGACUCGAUGCAUUCCUGGCCUGUUGCCUAUUUUGCACGCUAUUAUUACAAGAAAUGCCAGGACCCAAGUUUAACUCCGAUGUUGUUUCCUCGGGGCGUGGUAGAAGAAGUAUCGUGAUGAAAUAGCUAAUGUAUGCCUAGAUUUGUUUCUACAAGUCUUACUUUUUUUCUCAAUGCAUAACAUUCAAUAGAGAUAUAGUCUAUAA